GUAACCUCUACAGUCCUGAGACGUGGCAGAGGAGUUCGGUGUUUGAGGAGAACCAGGCAUUGUGCUGUACUAAUUUUUGGGUUGUUUUUCUUUUGGCCUCUCUUUUACUGGGAAACUUAUUGUAGAAGUGAUGGCCGAUCCCAUGUUAUUUAAUAACUGCAUCAACAACUUGGAUGAGCACAGCAAGUGCAAUGGGAAGCUGGAUUAUCCGUGCGGCUCGAUGCAGCCUGCAGCCGGGAAACAGGCUGCGCUGUGUGAGGAGCGCUGUGACAGCGGCAUCGGCUCAAUGAAUGAGAAGGACGAGGAGGUGCUGAGGGAGAUCCGGGAGCUGAGCCUGGCCGACAAGCCGGAGGCAGCUCACAGUUGGAAAGAAUUCGUCUCGGAGGAUGGAGAUACAUUUCUGCAUUUGGCCAUUAUCCAUGGAGCAGGUGAUAUUGUCUUCCAAAUCCUCAACAAUACCCGUGUUGGGGAUCAGUACCUUCACCAUCAGAAUAACCUGAAACAGACUCCCAUGCAUUUGGCGGUGAUCACACAGCAGCCUAAGGUGCUAAAGGCUUUGCUGUGGGCUGGAGGAGACCUGGGACUGAGGGACAUUAACGGGAACUCUCCCCUGCACAUCGCUUGUGAAAUGAAUUUGUUCUUGUGUGUGGAGGCUAUCAGUGAUUUCUCCACAAGACAUGAUAUCCGAAACCUUUUGGACAGCAAGAACUACAAUGGUCUUACAUGUUUGCAGUUGGCAGUCAAAAGCAGACUUCAUCAGAUGGUGAAAUACUUAACUCAACUAGGAGCUGACAUUAAUGCUCAGGAACCAUCAAGUGGUCGGACGGCCCUCCAUCUUGCAGUGGAAGAGCAGGAUCCUGAAAUGGUGUCGCUGUUGGUGCGGUGUGGAGCAGAUCCCAAUGUGCUGAUGUACAAUGGCUGUACACCAUAUCACCUGACCUUGGGAAGAGAUAAUUCCAGAAUACAGACAGAACUCAUUAGUGUGACAGAUCCAUCCCUUUGCAUAAUGUGGGAAGAAGAACAGAUGUGGGAAUCUGAAUCUUCGGACUGGGAGGUACCCUUCUCUUAUGAUGACUGUGCAAUUGGAGGUCUCCCACUCAGAUGUUGAAGCUGCUCUCUUUGUGCAUUGGCACUCUGAAAUUUCUGUACAUCAAUUCAUCUUCAAAGAAUUGAAGAUGCACACUGAAGUGUGGUUACCCAAUCAUUUAAAAUGAUGAAAACCUUCAGUGACGUACACUAAAAUUUCUAAGUCACAGUCGGGUGCCAAUGUCUGAUGUUCUAAAUAAUUUUUAAUGUAAUUAAUAAGCCAUCCAGGAGCAGAGAAGACAGUGUUAAAAGUCCUAGGUGUAAAUGAGAUACUACUGUCUAAGUGAUAAUUUCUAUGUGCUGUUUUUGAUUACUGUAACUGGUAGCAAAAGACUGAAAUGUGUAAAUUUUUCUACAUUUGAGUUCUUUGUGCAUAUUUUUAAUGUGUAAAAUUUGUAAAUGUGUAAAAUAGUGUAAUUUUUGUACAUAUUUUUCUACCCAUAAAAAUGCAAGACAAUAUUUGAUACAUCCUUCAUAUUUAUUUUUGCCAAAUAAAGAUUAUGAAAAUAAAAACUGUUCAUGGUUUGAAAUUGCA